AUGGCCCGCGAGCCGGAGGAAGAGGAGGCGGCCGCCCUGGCCCGCGGGGGGCGGGGCUCGCUCGGCCGGGCUGGGGCGCGGCGGCCGCCCCUCUGGCUGCUCUGCCUGGCCGCGGGCUGGCUGCUGGGCGCCGGGGCCGACGCCGACUUCUCCAUCCUGGACGAGGCACAAGUGCUGGCGAGCCAGAUGCGGAGGCUGGCGGCCGAGGAGCUGGGGGUCGUCACCAUGCAGCGGAUAUUCAACUCCUUUGUUUACACUGAGAAAAUCUCAAAUGGAGAAAGUGAAGUACAGCAGCUAGCCAAAAAAAUCCGAGAGAAGUUCAACCGUUACUUGGAUGUGGUCAACCGGAACAAGCAAGUUGUAGAAGCAUCCUACACGGCUCACCUGACCUCUCCUCUAACUGCGAUUCAAGACUGCUGUACUAUCCCACCUUCUAUGAUGGAAUUUGAUGGGAACUUUAAUACCAAUGUAUCUAGAACAAUUAGUUGUGAUCGACUGUCUACUACUGUUAAUAGCCGGGCCUUCAAUCCAGGACGAGACUUAAAUUCAGUUCUUGCAGACAACCUGAAAUCCAACCCUGGAAUUAAGUGGCAGUAUUUCAGUUCAGAAGAAGGAAUUUUCACUGUUUUCCCAGCACACAAGUUCCGGUGUAAGGGCAGCUAUGAGCAUCGCAGUAGACCUAUCUACGUCUCCACUGUCCGGCCGCAGUCAAAGCACAUAGUAGUGAUCCUGGACCACGGGGCUUCCGUCACAGACACCCAGCUUCAGAUUGCCAAGGACGCUGCCCAGGUCAUCCUCAGCGCCAUCGAUGAACACGAUAAGAUCUCCAUGCUGACUGUGGCAGACACCGUCAGGACUUGCUCACUUGACCAGUGCUAUAAGACAUUCCUGUCUCCAGCCACCAGUGAGACAAAAAGGAAAAUGUCCACCUUCGUCAGCAGCGUCAAGUCUUUGGACAGCCCUACCCAGCACGCAGUGGGAUUUCAAAAGGCAUUUCAGCUGAUUCGAAGCACCAACAACAGCACCAAGUUCCAAGCAAAUACAGACAUGGUCAUCAUUUACCUGUCUGCUGGCAUUACAUCAAAGGACUCUUCAGAAGAAGAUAAAAAGGCGACUCUCCGUGUCAUCAGUGAAGAAAAUAGCUUUCUAAACAACUCCGUAAUGAUUCUCACCUAUGCCCUCAUGAACGAUGGGGUGACUGGUUUGAAAGAGCUGGCUUUUCUGAGAGAUCUUGCUGAACAGAACUCAGGGAAGUAUGGCGUGCUGGACCGGACAGCCUUGCCUGUGAUUAAGGGCAGCAUGAUGGUGCUGAACCAGCUGAGUAACCUGGAGACCACAGUUGGCAGGUUCUAUACCAACCUUCCCAACCGGAUGAUUGAUGAAGCUGUCUUUAGCCUCCCCUUCUCUGAUGAGAUGGGAGAUGGUUUGAUAAUGACUGUGAGUAAACCCUGUUAUUUUGGAAACCUCCUUCUGGGAAUUGUAGGAGUGGAUGUGAACUUGGCUUACAUCCUUGAAGAUGUGACAUAUUACCAAGAUUCUUUGGCUUCCUAUACUUUUCUCAUAGAUGACAAAGGGUAUACACUUAUGCAUCCAUCUCUUACCAGGCCAUAUUUACUAUCGGACCCCCCCCUUCAUACUGAUAUCAUCCAUUAUGAAAAUAUCCCCAAAUUUGAGUUGGUUCGGCAAAAUAUCCUAAGCCUCCCUCUGGGCAGCCAGAUUAUCGCAGUCCCUGUGAACUCAUCCCUGUCCUGGCACAUAAACAAGCUGAGAGAAACUGGAAAGGAGGCCUACAACGUUAGCUAUGCCUGGAAGAUGGUGCAAGACACUUCCUUCAUUCUCUGUAUUGUGGUGAUACAACCGGAAAUACCUGUCAAACAACUGAAGAACCUCAACACUGUCCCCAGCAGCAAGCUGCUGUACCACCGGCUGGACCUCCUGGGCCAGCCUAGCGCUUGCCUCCACUUCAAACAGCUGGCCACGCUAGAAAGUCCAACCGUCAUGCUGUCUGCUGGCAGCUUUUCCUCCCCCUAUGAGCACCUCAGCCAGCCGGAGACAAAGCGCAUGGUGGAACACUACACAGCCUAUCUCAGCGACAACACCCGCCUCAUUGCUAACCCGGGGCUCAAAUUCUCUGUCAGAAAUGAAGUAAUGGCUACCAGCCACGUCACAGAUGAAUGGAUGACACAAAUGGAAAUGAGUAGCCUGAACACUUACAUUGUCCGCCGUUACAUAGCAACGCCCAAUGGCGUCCUCAGAAUUUAUCCUGGUUCCCUCAUGGACAAAGCAUUUGAUCCCACUAGGAGACAAUGGUAUCUCCACGCAGUAGCUAAUCCAGGUUUGAUUUCUUUGACUGGACCUUACUUAGACGUUGGAGGAGCUGGCUAUGUCGUGACCAUCAGUCAUACAAUUCAUUCAUCCAGUACACAGCUGUCUUCCGGGCACACUGUGGCUGUGAUGGGCAUUGACUUCACGCUUCGAUACUACUACAAGGUUCUGAUGGACUUGUUACCAGUUUGUAACCAAGAUGGUGGCAACAAAAUAAGGUGCUUCAUCAUGGAGGACAGGGGUUAUCUGGUGGCACAUCCAACCCUCAUUGACCCCAAAGGACAUGCACCCGUGGAACAGCAGCACAUCACCCACAAGGAGCCCCUGGUAGCAAAUGACAUCCUGAACCACCCCAACUUUGUAAAGAAGAACCUGUGCAACAGCUUCAGUGACAGAACGGUCCAGAGGUUUUAUAAAUUCAACACGAGCCUAGUGGGGGAUUUGACAAACCUUGUGCACGGCAGUCACUGUUCUAAAUACAGACUGGCAAGGAUCCCGGGAACCAAUGCAUUUGUCGGCAUUGUCAACGAAACGUGUGACUCUCUUGCCUUCUGUGCUUGUAGCAUGGUGGACCGGCUCUGUCUCAACUGUCACCGAAUGGAGCAAAAUGAAUGUGAAUGUCCUUGUGAGUGCCCUCUAGAGGUCAAUGAGUGCACUGGCAACCUCACCAAUGCAGAGAACAGAAACCCAAGUUGUGAGGUACACCAGGAGCCAGUGACAUACACGGCUAUUGACCCUGGCCUGCAGGAUGCUCUUCACCAGUGUGUCAACAGCAGGUGCAGUCAGAGGAUGGAGAGUGGGGACUGCUUUGGUGUGCUGGAUUGUGAAUGGUGCAUGGUAGACAGCGAUGGCAAGACCCACUUGGACAAAUCCUACUGUGCUCCCCAGAAAGAAUGCUUCGGGGGGAUCGUUGGAGCCAAAAGUCCCUAUGUUGAUGACAUGGGAGCAAUAGGUGAUGAGGUUGUCACGUUGAACAUGAUUAAAAGUGCCCCUGUGGGUCCAGUGGCUGGAGGCAUCAUGGGCUGCAUCAUGGUCUUGGUCCUGGCCGUGUAUGCAUACCGUCAUCAGAUUCAUCGCCGGAGUCAUCAACAUAUGUCUCCUCUUGCUGCCCAAGAAAUGUCAGUGCGUAUGUCCAACCUGGAGAAUGACAGAGAUGAAAGGGAUGAUGACGGCCAUGAAGACAGAGGCAUCAUCAGCAAUACUCGAUUUAUAGCUGCGGUCAUUGAACGGCAUGCACACAGUCCAGAAAGGAGGCGUCGCUACUGGGGUCGCUCAGGAACAGAAAGCGAUCAUGGUUACAGCACCAUGAGCCCACAGGAAGACAGUGAAAACCCUCCAUGCACCAACGACCCCUUGUCGGCCGGGGUGGAUGUGGGAAACCACGAUGAAGACUUGGAGUUGGACACCCCACCUCAGACUGCUGCCCUUCUAAGUCACAAGUUCCACCACUACCGCCUUCACCACCCCACACUGCAUCACAGCCAUCACCUGCAGGCGGCCGUGACCGUACACACGGUCGACGCAGAAUGCUAA